AUGAGUCUUCAGUGCAGAGUGUGUGGCAAGGAGUUCCCCGAGUUUGAUCAACGAGGAUUUCGAAACGCAGGGUUUACCGCUCAUCAAAAUCGGUGCAUUGGCCGAACAGCAGCAGCAGCAGCAAAUAAUCAAAAUGUGCCUGUAUCCAAACCAUCGCCUCCAAGACGUCGUCUCCUUCCAGCUACUACUACUGCUGCUGUUACCAUGGCAUCCAUCAUUCCUCCUACUUCGCCAACAUCCUCAAUGCAAAUGGAUUAUUGGCAACAACAACAACAACAGCAGCAGCAGCCUCAAAGCUAUGCUUCCUUUUAUUCGUCACCACCCCAAGCCAUCAUGAUGGUAUCGUCUCCUCCAACACAGCCUCCUUGUCCUCCUCCAUCUCAGCAGCAACAGCAACAACAGGAACAUUAUCUUCCCCCAACAACCGGUGGUUACGUUAUGCAGCAGGAACAACAAUAUCAACCCAUGACAACCGUUGCCAUCGCUACCGCUGCACAAUCCCCUUCAACAACAACGCCUGUUUCUUGUUCAAUGGAUUUUCCCCCUGUUUAUCAAUGUGAUUUUUGCGUUCCUCAGCAUGGAUACCACAAUCCUUCUUGUCCACUGCUUCAAGUCUUCAUUGAUAUGAUGAAUCAACAACAAGGUCCUUCCUACCCAUCCUCUUCCUCUCAGCCUUUCUAG